CCGGUUCCUCGGCGACAGCUGCGUCACUUCCGGCGGCCGUUGCUAAGCAACCAAAAGGCCUGGGAAACGCUGCGGGCUGGAUUCCGUUCUGCACUAGUCUAUCCAGGUCUUGGCUCGCUGUGGGCAAGUAGCAGAGAUGCUAGUGCGGUUUGGACGGCGCUCUGGACAGGCGAGAAAAAUCAAGGAAAUAAGGAACUCUGAAGACAGUGAAGUUUCCUACCCACCUCUUCUACCUAGCAAAGUGGAUCUCCGUCAGGUCACCAUAAUUCCACAUGAUGAGUGGAAAAGGAUUCAGGAUAGCCUGGACAGUUUGACAAGAGAAGCAGCAGCUCUUCGUGCAGAAAGAAAGGCAAAACAAGAAAUGCAUCUCCAAUCCCAAGAAGUGGUGAAACAUUGGACUAAUACAUAUGCAGGGAUGAAAGAACAGAAACUUAAAACCAAAACAAUGCGCGAUAAAGAAAUUGAAGCCAAAAGACAAAUCCUGGAUCUGGAAGAGGAAAUCCACAAACAAGGAGAAAGAAAAAAGGCCAUUGAAUAUGCAAAGCAGUAUCACUUUUACCAGACAGAAAGAGUGAAGAAUUUUCAUUCAGGACUUCUUCUCAGUAGAGUUAUGAAAGAACGUGAUGCCCAGAUUGAAUUCUGUAAGAGUAAGAUAAAACCAGAUACCAAAUGGGAAGAACAACUGAAACUCAACAUUGAAAAAGCUUUUAAAAAAGAGCAAGAAAAAGCAGAAAAACAACACAGAGAAAGAAUGGCUCUUGCUGAGGAGCAUCUAAAACAGAAGGGAGAAACAAUCGGAAAGAGAGCAGCUGGCGUAGCAGUGGAACAGCUGCCGGCAGUUGACUGGCUGACAGGGAGUGCAGGUUUCCCACAGGCAGGUGGACAUGCUGGGUUGCGGCCAGGAGGCCCCUCAGAGAUGUCUGAAGGAUUCGCACACAAGCCCCGAGAGCCAGUGUUUGGAGGCAGCGUCCGAAGAAUAAAGGAACAUGAAGAAGAAAAAGAAAGGAGGAAAAAACAUGAAGAAAAAGAUGCCGAGGAGAUAAAGCGACAAAAUUUAUUGUAUGAAAUAGAAAUGAGAAAAAAACUAAAAAAGAAAAAAGAAAAGAUAGAUGAAAGCAGAAAGCUGUUUUUUGAAUAUAUGUCGGAUAAAAACAUCAUCAAAGCUGUCAAACAGCAGCAGCAAGAGGAGGAAGAUGAAAAGAUUCAAAUAUUUAUCAAAGCAAAAAAGCAUCUGGCACAAAUCAGGAGAGAAAAAGAAGCUGAAACACACAGGCUAAUGGAGGAACGGAGAGAAAAAAUAAAUAAUUUCCUGAGUGAACUAAUAAAAGAGAAACUUGAUAAUGAAGAUUUGAUUAUUGCUAAAGAUAUUGCAGAAGCUGAGGCUGAAUGGGAGAAAAAAGAAAAAGAAAAGUGUGAAAAAAACAAAGCAGAUUUAAAAGCAAUUGCAGAACAUAGAGCCAUUAUGAUGAAAAAUAAAGAGGAAGAAGAAAGACAAAGGAAAAUAGAAUCUAAACAACAAUUGCUGGCAAUCAUGAAAGCAGAUCAAAUUUUCAGGGAGCAGGAAAAGGAGAAAAAACACAAAGCUGAUAUAGAACGCCGAGAAGUUCAAGAUGCCCAUAUUCAACAAAUGGCCAAAAAUAAAUUUAAUGCACAACAAGCAAAAGAAGCAGAAUUAGAAUAUUGCAGACGUACUGAAACUCUUGCAGCUGAAAAGGAGAAAGAAUUUCAGGAUUAUGCCAGAGAAGUGAUUGAACUUGAAUCUGAAUCAACAAGUAAAUAUAUUUACCCUCUUGUAAAAGCUGUACAGGAAGGACCUGGAGGUGGCCGUGGACCAGCUUUUGUGGACAGAGGUGGAUUAAGACCCAGCUAUCAAGCAAAUGAUUUUACUGGAGUCCAGCUCCCUUUUUACAGUUCUCAGGAAUCAAAAUAUAAUUUACAGAAGUCUAAGGGAAGGCUAGGUUUUACAUGGUAGAAAAAUGUAAAGAUUGAAAAGACUAGUAGCAAAUAUGAGCUACAAAUGUAAUAUACUGUUAAUAAAGCUGCUUUUCAUCUCAGUACUAUUAUGCCCGACUUGCUUCUUCAUACUAUUUCCAUUGAUAUAUAAAACCACAGUUGACUUUCCUUUUUUAUUGUAAAUACAUGAGGUCAAAUUUUAUUCAAACUACAUUCACUGGUAUCAAGUAUAUUCACAAUACUGUGUGUCUAUGCCUGUUUACUGCUCCAAAUGGAGCCAUGUAUCCAUUAAGCCGUAGCUCUCCAGUCUCCCUCUCAAAAGCCUCCUGCACCCACUAAUCUGCUUUGUCUCU